AGUCACUCUUAUUGGCGCAAAAGUGUCGCUAAUUUCACUUCUUUGCCCCAAUAUUUCAAACAAUACUCGUAUUACACGCAAAGUGUGGGCAAAGUGUUUCAUCCGGGAAUUGUGUCCAACCAUAGCAACGAUUACCCCAUCAGUUGGUCUUCGCCCCCAUUUCACGGCUCCGCAGAGAAGUACAAGAAUUGGGCCGUUUGUCCGUCAGCUGACGGCUUAUAUCGCGCUAACAUUGUCUGUCCCGUAGAUGUAGACAAACAACCGGAACAAACGCUACCAGACAUACAGUCAGCAAAGUUUGCCAUUGAUUUUCUAGACAACUAUAACACGUCUGACGUGAAGCCAUUCUUCCUGGCCGUCGGCUUUCAUAAGCCACACAUUCCCCUGAAAUGCCCCAAAAAAUACUUGGAUUUAUACCCAUUAGACACCAUUCAAUUGGCCCAAAAUCAAUACCUACCGAAACACUUCCCAGAAGUUGCUUGGAAUCCAUGGAUGGAUCUGAAGGACAGACAAGACAUCAAACAGUUUAACAUUAGUUUCCCUUUUGGUGUUAUUCCCGAUUACUAUCAGAAAUAUAUCCGUCAAUCAUAUUAUGCGUGCGUUUCAUACAUCGAUGAUCUGAUCGGAAGUGUUUUACAGAAGUUGAAUGAUAAACAUUUAGCCAACGAUACGAUUGUAAUGCUUUUGGGAGAUCACGGCUGGUCUUUGGGUGAACACAACGAAUGGGCCAAAUAUAGCAACUUUGAUGUCGCCCUUAAAGUGCCGCUCAUUAUAUCUGCGCCCAAACUGAAUAAAACACUAAAUUAUCAUCACAUGAAUCCAUUUGAUCCAAAGGUUAAGAAAGCGAAUAGAAGUGCUUUGAAUGAAAUGAAGGCAGUGGUAGAGUUGGUCGACAUAUUCCCAACACUGGCUGAUUUGGCCGGUCUUCCGGUGCCACACAUUUGUCGAGAAAAUGUCACAGAAUUGAUGUGCAGUGAAGGGGUUUCCCUAAAACCGCUUUUGCAUGACCGACAAAAUGCUAAGAAAUGGUGGAAAUCCGUGGCAUUCAGUCAAUACCCGCGACCGAGUGCUAAAUCACAGGCCAAUAGCGAUCAGCCGGCGCUCAACGAUAUCAAGAUUAUGGGCUAUUCUAUGGGAAACUCAUAUUUCCGAUACACGGAAUGGAUUGGGUUCGACGCCAAGACAUUGGCCGCCAAUUGGUCCCAACAGUUUGGCCGCGAAUUAUAUCUUAAUCCAAAUCAGACUAAUAACGUGGCGUUUAAUCCAAGAAAGGCUGGAGACAUGAAGUCAGGCCUUCAACAGGUCCUACAGUUAAACGCUAUAUUGAUUGUCCAGAUUUUAUUGUCCAGUUGUACCAAAUGA